GCGGAAGGGGCCGGGGCGGGACGUGGCCGGGGCGCGGCCAUGGCGGCGGCGAAGGCCGGGGGAGGCACGGCCGGCACCGGCACCGGCACCAACCUGCUCUUCUCCUCCUCCGCCACCGACUUCAGCUUCAGCGUGCCCUUCAUCCCCGUUAGCCAGGCGCCCGCCGCGCCCGGGCCCGCGCUGCUGCCCGCCGAUGAUUCUGCAGACGUUGGGGAGGAGGACAGCUUCUUGGGUCAGACUUCUGCCAGCCCCAACCCCCCACAGACUUUCAACUAUUUCUCCCAGGUGCCCAGUAGCGGCGAUCCCUUCGGAAGCAUUGGGCAGCCACCCCUGACAACUGCUGCGAGUCCCGUGGGAGCACCGGCCUUCUCCAGGCCCCCAACCUCCCUACCACUCGUGUCUGGGGCACAGGAUGGGCACAAUGCCUUUCCACCUCAGAUUCCCAGUUCCCAGCCCUGCAGUGCCCCACCCGCUCCCCAGGUGGGCAUCCCGCCGUACCAGAGCCCUCAGCAGAGCUGUCCCCCGCCCACCAGUGCGUCAGGACUCGCCCCGGGAACACCUCAGCAAGGAUACAACCCCUACAGACACACCACCCUGAGCAGCAGAGCCAACCCCUACCUCACCCCACCCCAGCUGCAGCACAGCCACGGCCCUGCCCACACCCCAUCCGCUGUGCCACCCGUGCAGAUGUACCAGGCACCUCCAGGGCCUCUCACACAGUUCCCACAGUCCCAGCUCCAGGCUGCCAGGCCUGCAGGUCCCCUGGUCCCAGCCCCUCCGGUGCUGCUGCACAACCAGUACGAGCCAGUCCAGCCCCACUGGUUCUACUGUAAAGAGGUGGAGGACAAGCAGAUCUGGAUGCCCUUCAGCCUCCUGGACUCGGCUAAACUGGAGGAAGUUUACAAUUCUGUGCAGCCGGACCCCGAGAGCGUGGUGCUGAGCACGGACGGCGGGCGCUACGAUGUGUUCCUGUACGAGCGGCUGCGCAGAGCCGUGUACUGGGACGAGCAGCCCUCCGAGGUGAGGCGCUGCCUCUGGUUCUACAAGGGCGACAAGGACAGCCGCUUCGUGCCCUACACCGAGGAUUUCAGUGACAAGCUGGAGGCAGAAUAUAAAAGGGCAGUGACUACAAAUCAAUGGCACCGGCGACUUGAGUUCCCAAAUGGGGAGACAAUUGUCAUGCAUAAUCCCAAGGUCAUAGUUCAGUUCCAACCUGCUGCCACACCAGAUGAAUGGGGCACCUCUCAGGAUGGCCAGGCAAGACCAAGGCUGGUGAAACGAGGCAUUGAGGAUGACCAUGAUGAGAUCCCUGAUGGAGAAGUGUCCCAAAUUGACCAUCUGGUAUUUAUGGUUCAUGGCAUAGGUCCUGUGUGUGACUUGAGGUUUAGAAGCAUUGUUGAAUGUGUUGAUGAUUUUCGGACUGUUUCUCUGAAGCUGCUGCAGACUCACUUUAAGAAAGGCUUAGAGGAGGGUAAAGUGAGCAGGGUGGAAUUCCUUCCAGUUCACUGGCACAGUUCCCUACACGGAGAUGCAACAGGUGUGGACAGGAACAUCAAGAAGAUCACCCUGCCGAGCAUCGGGCGCCUGCGGCACUUCACCAACGAGACGCUGCUCGACAUCCUGUUCUACAACAGCCCCACCUACUGCCAGACCAUCGUGGACAAAGUGGGGCUGGAGAUGAACCGGCUCUACGCGCUCUUCAUGAGCCGCAACCCCGACUUCAAGGGAGGAGUCUCUGUGGCCGGGCACAGCUUAGGUUCCUUAAUUCUAUUUGACAUAUUGUCUAACCAGAAGGACUUGGCUUCAUCAGUGAAUUCUGGGCCUUUCUCUGCUGUUAAUGGGACUGUAAAGGAUGUGGCUGUUCAUGAUAAACAGGUGACUGAAGACACCAGUUCCUUGGGCUCCUCGAUUGCCACAUCUGCUGAUGACCUGUGUGAGGCUGAGGUGGAUGAGGACGUUCCCACUCUGCAGAAGGCUCUGGAAACGCUGGGUUUGUCGGAGUACGUGAGCACCUUGGAGAAGGAGCGGAUCGACAUGGAGUCCCUGCUCAUGUGUACAGUUGAUGACCUGAAGGAAAUGGGGAUACCUCUUGGACCAAGAAAGAAAAUUGCUAAUUUUGUGAAAGACAGAGCAGCCAAGCAGGAACAGAAGAAAACAAUAGCAGAAAAGAAAGCAGUGCUGGCUGCCACACUCCAAACUCAGGAAGACACCCAGAAAUCAAAAGAAUCAGUCACUUCUGUGUCCUCUCCAGAGUCUGCUCAGCUGCACUCAAAGAGGAGACUUCCAGUUGGUGCCUCUGUGUCUUCUGUGAACAUUGACUACGAGUAUUUUGAAGUUGGGACUGGCCAGGUUUCUGUGGUUUACAGUGCCCUGGACUUUGAACCAGAUAUUUUCUUUGCUCUGGGUUCUCCUAUUGGUGUGUUCCUCACUGUGAGGGGUGUGGAGAAGAUUGAUGAAAACUACAGGCUUCCCACCUGCAAGGGAUUCUUCAAUAUCUAUCACCCACUUGAUCCAGUGGCUUACAGGUUAGAACCGAUGAUCAUUGAAGACAUGGAUUUGAAACCAGUUCUCAUUCCACAUCAUAAAGGCAGAAAAAGACUUCAUCUGGAGCUGAAGGACUCUCUGUCUCGCAUGGGCUCUGAUCUGAAGCAGGGCUUUAUCAGCUCCCUGAAGAGUGCCUGGCAGACCCUCAAUGAAUUUGCUCGUGCCCACACAUCUUCAACUCAGCUGCAAGCAGAACUGGAGAAGGUAGCCAACCAAAUUAAAGAGGAAGAAGAAAAGCAAGUGGUAGAAGCUGAGAAGAUCACUGAGAGCCCCGAGCCUGCGAAGGACGAGGAUUCCUCGGUGAGGGUUGGAAUGCUCAACGGAGGACGGCGGAUCGAUUAUGUGCUGCAAGAGAAGCCAAUAGAGAGCUUCAAUGAGUACCUCUUUGCUCUGCAGAGCCAUCUGUGCUACUGGGGUUCUGAAGACACUGCCUUGCUGUUCCUCAAAGAGAUCUACAGGACCAUGAACAUCAAUCCUGAGCAGCCACAGCACUGAUGUCCAGAACAGGAAUGUCCACACCUGUUGCUCCCACAGACCUGGUGAAAAACUCUUAGGAAAGCGUCUGCUAUUUUCAUACCUUCACAUGACAGGACAAAACAUCAGACUUCUUUUUUCCUGCCAGUGCAGAACUUGCUCACGUUCUACCUUCUUGUGUCCCUCCAAGCAAACUUCAAUUCCGAGGUACUCAGCGCUGUCACUGGGGAGAUGGAUGGAAUGGCACAGUUGGGCUCCUAAAUCACCGGAAUUGGACACUUUGCCAAG